CAAUUAAAACUACUUUGAAAUGAUCGUGUUCCGAUGUGUUUUUGGUAGACCAAUAGUAAAAAUUGUCUAACAUAAAAACAGUUGAAGUUAAAACUUUCAACUUGCUAUUGCCGUAGUUUUCAGCAUUUUAAUUAUUUUAUAUAUGUUUUACUUACUGAUUUAUAAACUUUAGUCCUUAUUUAGUUCACGAAAACAACGUAUUUUAGUUUUUUAGUAAUCAGUGUUUAAAUUCAUCCAUUAUGAUGGAAGUCGACGGUGUUGAAGGUUGGAACAACAAUCCUCCCGAUGGACUUAAAUUUGCUAAUUUAAAAGCUUUUGUAAAUGCAGCUCGUGAGUUUGAAGCUACACACAGUGAAUCUGCAGUUAAUAUGAUGACUCGAUACUUAGGGCUCAUCGCUUCGUCCUGUGACCUAUCGAUAUUUUCUCCGGGACGUAGUGAAGUAUGUGCUUUCUUCAGCUCGUUGUGGCGAGUGAUGUGCGAUGGUCGAGGGCCGCACUGGGCAGGUGUCGCGGUUCUUGCCAGAGCGUCCGUCGAACCCAGUGCCAGACAUGCACUCACCCAUACUUACAAAUUUAUGCCAAUCCUGUCCCGGUUGUUAUUAGAUACAAUAUCAAAUGAAAAAAAAAUUAAACUACUGUCUGUGAUGCAGGACAUCUCAUAUGGUAUCAAAAUUAGUUGGCAAGAAUCAUACCUAACCAGUCUCAUGAAGCAGCUUACUGAUUGGAUUUUACAGCCAAUGUCUGAACCUCAGCAUCGGACGAUUGGUCACAAAUCUCUGACAGUAUUAGUAAAUGUUUGUUAUGGAAAUUUACCUGCGAUUUAUGCACUUAUGAGAACCGUUGAUACAAAGGAUUUUGUUGUACAUUUGAUAAGCUUGAAGGAUGGUGGAUAUGGUGGUGUCGAAGUGUGUCGACUACUGUUAUGCUUAUCCAGUGGUACACGUGGCUCAUCUGCAAUUAGACAGUCGGACAUACAUAGCUAUCUUUGCUGCACUAUGCGAACAUUCAAUAAGGCAAUUGUUGAUAGAGAUGCAACUCAACUUCUACAUGCGUACACAUUUAUAAAUGAUCUGUGCACAGAUAAUAAUCUACGAAGCUAUGUUCUUUCAUAUAGUCAUUUUAAUAAUUCUCUUCAGGAAUCAUUAGUGAAAAUAGACGAGUUGUGUAAGACAGCCCCUGAUGACAUGGGUGAACCAGAAAAUGCUAUGAACUGCUUACAAAAUGUGUUGAAAUUUCUAGCAGUUUUGGUAAAUUUGGAUCUAUAUUCCCUGAGAUGUCAUCACUGUCAACUUGUAUGCCUAUGUAUGAAAUCAAGUCGAAUUUGUCUCCCAGAGUCAUUGGAAUUGUUUGCAACCAUCAUUGCUCAAUACAAGGAUGAAGGUGCUUUACCACAAGAGCUAAUGGGAGUUAUUUGUGAUGGUUUGCCAGCUCUUCUGGUGCCACCGUCUCUAGAGCCAGGGAAAGUUGGAUUGCAAUGGUUGCAAGUAGUUGGAGCUUUAUGCGAGUCGAGUGAAACUCAAGAACGCGUUUUACAAGAGGUUACCCCGGAUUCUUUCGAAGACACAUUAUACAGCGUGUUACAGUAUACUUCGCAGAAUGGUCCUGUGGGUAUGGAAACGGCUCAAAAAAGUGUGGUGUUGGCAUGUCGGAGCGGACUAUCAUUAGCUCCACUCUCGAAGCAUUGGGAAGCCGCUUUCAAUAGGAUGUUAGCGCAUCAUCAAGUUCGCAAGCUCCUAUGUAUGGCGCUCACGGGUAACAACGGAUCACGUCGAAGACAGAUCAUGCAACUGGUGAAACAUCAUUAUUUUCCAUCGGAUCAAAUGAAUCAGAUAUUCGGCGAAAGUCUCCAGAGCGUGGCGGAGGCGGAGGCGGAGGCGGAGCCCUGGGCGCAGGUGGCGGGCGGCGGCGCGGGCCCCGAGCGCGUGUCGGCGGCGCAGGAGCUGGCGCUCGACCAGCUCGUGGCGCGGCUGGGCGAGGCGCUGCAGGCCGGGAAGAUAUCAGACAUAGCGACGUCGAGUGUGAUGGAACUGUACGGCUACAAGAUGACGUGUCUGGAACAGCGGCUACAUUCGCAUUCAGUAGCGUUACAGGGAGCAACAGAACACAUGGCGUCCUUACAACAUGCACUCGCGUUGUUGCAAGCCACUAACUCCGCUCAGCAAGAUGUAUUAUACACGACACAGAUGCAAAAUGAAAAACACAAAAAGUCAAUAGAAGAUCUUCACAAACAACUAGAGGACGCCGAAACGACGCUACGAGGUUUCAGAGCGAAGUUGGCUGCGGAGAGAUUGGAUAAAGAGAAUCAAAAGGAAAUUUUACAAAAGGAAUUCAGAUCACAGAUAGCUAAUAUUGAAAACGAAAUGAAAAUACGAGAAAGAGAAGCGGAAGAACGACUUAAACAACUUGAAUCGGAUAACAGAACGUUGCAGAAGAAGUUGGAACAGCAGACGAAUAAAAACAGCGAACUAGCAGGUGUAUUGAUUAAGUUCGAGGAGCGCGUCAAGCAACGUGACAAGAAGCUGGAGGAGGCGGCCGCAGCUGACAGCGGCUUGAGGAGGGAGCUGGAACAACGGGACAAUAUGAUAAAACAAUUAGAAAAAACCGUGGUCGAGCGUGAGAACCGACUGUAUCAAGUGACGACACAGCUGGAAGAAAUGAAGAGGGUGCAAGAGAUGGUAGCUAAGCUUAUGAGCAAAAGUUCUUCCACAGCGGCCAGCUAGCGUUACUACAGUUCAUAGAGAAGUAUAUGAAAUCUAAACGAAGUUUUUUUUUCUCUAAUUAUGUCAACGUUGAAACGCAACAGAAAAUUAUAGAUUAUAUCAUGUUCAAACCUAGGAUAGAAAUAUUCAGAAAGUAAUCAUAACAUAUUUCAAUUUGAUUGGUUGAGAUUAAUUAUGUAUUAAAACAAAAGUUGAAGUGACAAGAAAAAUAUUUAAUAAAUAUAACGAGAAAGUAAUCAAACCUCCUUUAACAAUUUAUAAAAAAAAAUGACAUUACCUUAUUAAUCUUAACUAAACAUGCCCCAUGAAUAGCUAUGAUUUUUUGACAAUACUCAAAUAUAAUGUUGCUUUUUAUUAUAAUUAAAAUUAAAAAUAUAUUCAUAGAACAUAAACAGAUUA